AUGGGGCUGGGCUUAGCGUCCACUUUUAUGCUUACAGGGGGGGUUGUCGUGGUGGGGUGCGUGUGCGCCACCUGCGAGGGGAAGGACUUAAGGGGUGGGGCUCCAUGGGGCGUGGUUGGGGUUCCCCAAUAUAAGGGCUCUCCGGACCGCUCCCCCGCGGGUCAUGGCGGCUGCGGCGCUGUUGCUGUGCGUAUUGUCGCUGCUGCUGUUGCUGCUGUGCUGUUGUCGCUGUCGUCGCGGCGCGGCGAUGAGCGCGGCCCGCGCUGGGGCGCGCUGCAGCUGCUGCACCCGCAGGGGGCGCUGCACUUGAGCCGCCUGGCGCGGCGGCACGGCCCCGUGCUGCGCCUGAGCUCGGGGGGCCGCGGUGAGUGCGGGACCCCCAAAACUGACCUCACCCGUACUGCCGGGGACCCCACAGUCCCCCAAACCCUCCCUCUCUGCUCCCUAGGGACUCUCCGAACCCCCAAUCCUGCCGUUUCCCCCUGCCGUAGGGACCUCCCCAAACUUCGGACCUCUCCUCAAAUCCCCCAAACCUUUCCUGGGGCCCAAAUCCCCCGAUGCUCCCCCCAGAAUCCCACGCCAGGACUCUCCACUUGGUUUGGGAUCUUCCCCAGUUUUGGAGUACCCCCCCCCCCCCAGCCCCUCCUCUUCCCUGCAGACGUGCUGGUGGCGAGCUCGGUGGCGACCAUCCGUGAGGCGCUAGUCCGGCACUGGGGGGACUGGCUGGGGCGCCCCAACAGUUAUCUGGGGUCGCUGGUGUCACGGGGGGGCCGGGACCUGGCACUGGGAGGCCCCUGCCCUGGCUGGCGGCUGCAGCGGGGAGCAGUACGGGGGGCACUGGCACGGGCUGGGGGGCACCUCGGGCCCCUCCUUUGGCUGCAGGGCCAGGAGUUGUGUGAGGAGCUGCGUUCCCAUGGGGAGGCCCCCCUGGACCCCUUUGAGGUGUUCACCUUCCACACCUGCAGCACCAUCGCACGCCUCCUCUUUGGGGACCUGGUGCCCCCUCCAGGGGAGCUCCGGGCCUUCUCCCGCUGCCUGGGGGAGCUGCUGCAGGUUUGGGGGCACAGCAGUGUACGGGUGCUGGACCUGCUACCCCUGCUGCGGGCCCUGCCCAACCCGGGACUGCGGAAGCUGCUGCGGCUUGUUCAGCACCGUGACACUUUUGUGGAGACCCAGAUCCAGCGGCACCAGGCAUGCCCCUCCCCUCCCCCAGACACAGUUCUGGGGGCACUGCUGGGGUGUAAUUCUGGGGCACGGGGGGGCCCUCUGAGCCCCCCCCGGCUGCACAUGGCGCUGGUCGACCUGUUCAUUGGGGGCACCGAGACCACGGCGGCUGCUCUGGGCUGGGCUGUGGCCUUCUUGCUGCACCGGCCCGAGCUGCAGGCACGGCUGCGGGCAGAGCUGCGGGGGGCACAGGGACCACCUGGGCCAGGGGACAUGGGGCGCCUGCCCCUUCUUCAGGCCACCAUCAGCGAGACCCUGCGGCUGCGACCCCCUGCACCCCUGGCGCUGCCCCACUGCGCCCUGCGGCACACCAGUCUUGGGGGACUCCCUGUAGCGGCCGGCACUGUCCUGGUCCCCAACCUGCUGGCAGCCCAACAGGACCCUGACAUCUGGCAGCACCCUGAGGUCUUCCUGCCUGAGCGGUUCCUGUCCCCGGGCGCCCCCUCGCGGUCGCUGCUGCCGUUCGGCUGCGGGGCGCGAUCGUGCCCGGGGGAGGGGCUGGCGCGGGCCGAGCUCUUCGUGUUCCUGGGGCUGAUCCUGCGGGAAUUCCGUCUGGUGCCGGGCCCGGAGGGACUGCCGGGGCUGAAGGGGUCGCCGGGCACGGUGCUGCGCUGCCCCCCCUUUCGCCUGCGUAUGGUGCCCUGCCAGCUCCCGGGCUCAUCCUGACCCUGGCCUGACUCCACUUGACCACUUUAUUACUUUUCUGAACACUCUGUGACUCACCUGAGAUUUUUUGACCUUUCCUGAAUACACCUGACUUCACCUGACCCUGCGUGACACUGUCUGAACCUGGCUGACCGUGACCCCCUGAUUGACCCCACCUGACCUCGGCCUCACCCCUGCCAACCCUAUGCCUCACCUUGACACCGGCUAUGACCCCAGCUGUGACCCUACCUAACCCCAUCUGACCCUGCCUGAACCCCGCGUGACUCCAUCCCAACUCACCUGACACCUGACUCCGCCUGAUGCCUGGGUGCCCCCAUUCAACACCCCAAAUGCCUGGGUCUCCCCCCGAUGCCAGGGUCAAUGCAGUGUGGGAGAACCCCAUUUACCUCCUCCUAAUAAAAUUUGUACUUUUGACUCCA